CAUUUAUGACAGUGAAGUUACAUCACUAGUUAUCUUGUAAAGGUCGGCCGGGUCGUGCUGAUUACACUAAAAUCGUAUACCCGAAGUUAUUAAGUAAUUCCAUUCAUAAUAUACGCACAAUAAUGUUCUCACGCGUACUGAAACCCGUAGCCUCCGUGGCCGUACAAAAUGGAGCAAAGAAUUUUUCCACUUCACCUCAGAACAACUACAAAGUUGUCGUCGCUGGUGCGGCCGGUGGCAUCGGUCAGCCCUUGGCCCUCCUGCUGAAACAGAAUCCCCUGGUGAGCCACUUGGCUUGCUAUGACAUCGCGCCGGUGACCCCCGGCGUCGCAGCCGACCUCUCUCACAUGGAUACACCUGCCAAGGUCACAGGUCACAAGGGACCCGAAGAACUCGGCGCCGCUAUUGAAUCGGCGGAUGUGGUCGUGAUCCCCGCGGGAGUACCCCGCAAGCCUGGCAUGACCCGUGAUGACCUGUUCAACACAAACGCCUCCAUCGUCAGGGACCUGGCCGCCUGCGUGGCCGCCAAGGCGCCCAAGGCGAUGCUCGCCAUCAUCACAAACCCAGUCAACUCGAUGGUGCCUAUAGCUUCUGAGGUGUUGAAGAAGGCGGGCGUGUACGACCCCAAGCGCGUGUUCGGCGUGACCACGCUGGACGUGGUCCGCGCGGCCGCGUUCAUCGGCGAGAUCAACGGCGUCGACCCGCGCUCCGUCACCAUCCCGGUCAUCGGCGGCCACUCCGGCGUCACCAUCAUCCCCCUGCUCAGCCAGAGCCAGCCCCCGGUGAAGCUCACCGACCAGGCCAAGAUCGACGCGUUGACCAAGCGGAUACAGGAGGCCGGCACUGAGGUGGUGAAGGCGAAGGCCGGCGGCGGUUCGGCCACACUCUCGAUGGCGUACGCCGGCGCCAGGCUCACCAACUCACUGCUUAGAGGACUUAACGGGGAAUCCAACGUAGUGGAAUGCGCGUACGUCAAAUCCGACCUGACGGAGGCGGCCUACUUCGCGAACCCGGUGCUGCUCGGCAAGAAUGGACUGGAGAAGAACCUGGGCUAUGGGAAACUCAACGCGUACGAGGAGCAGCUCCUCAAGGCCGCUCUCCCCGAGCUCCUGAAGAACAUCAAGACGGGAGAAGAGUUCGCCAAGAAGUAGACGAGAUAUUAUACCUGAUCAGACCGUCUACCCUCAGCGUUGUGAUAAAGAACAUAAUUUUUAAAUAAAAUAUGUAAUUUGUCGCAAAGGUCUGAUCGAAUAGUUCUAAUUGAAGUGUAGAUGAUGUACUCAAUGAAUGAUUUGUAUAAAGCCGAUCGAAAUUUUUACCCCAAUUUUUAUAUGUGCAUUUUUUGUUAGAUCAUUUAUUCCGGAUGUUUUAUUUAUUUGAUGUCCUCGCUCGGCUACAAGGUGGCGGGUGGGGCGUCGGUCUGUAUAUAGGCUGCUUGAUUCUGUAUGAUGUGUCAAUAAAUACUUUUUUUAAUAGUA